AUGAUUGGCUUGGUGAAUGUUAUCGACAGAUAUAUUGACUUUUUCGCUAUGGGGGAUGAACGAACAGCAGCCAGUAAACUGAGUAGCAGAGUUGUCGAAAUCCUUAUGCUUACCAUCGACGAUGGACCCAACCCAUCGUCGAGCCCAACAUUCACGUCGCUAGUAACAAGAAGCGUGGCCUCCACGAAAACACAAAUCACCAAAACCUACACGGGGAUCCUCAAAACCCCCAAAACAAGUCAAAACGGAGUGGGCCAAGUAGACUCAUCUACAUCUCAAGAAGCCCUACCAAAAGCCCCAUUUAACAAUGCACGAUCCAAAUAUCGAGCAACACGAACUGCCCGGAGCACGGAUCACAGGCUUUUAAUAGCUAUCAGCCCUGUAGCUCGGCUCAGCCGCCCAGUCCCGUUUGCACUAAGAAGUGCUUUCGUUGAUGCAAUUAUGGGCCUAUCAUUAGUUAAUGUCUCUACUAUCUCUGCUACCAAGAUAGGAUGGGUUAUUACGCUGAAAAAUCCAGUAACUCAAGAACUACUUCUUUUACAGGAAAACAAAGAAAUUAUCCUCAGGAUUAGCUAA